AUGAAUUCCCAACAACUAAUCGACUCCGUUUCUAACAAACUCAAGCUUCUCGCUAAUGCAGAUCAGUCAGCAAUUAAGCACGCUGAAAAUGAGUAUGUUAAGAAAAAUGCUCAGCUUAAAGAGGAAAUUUCUGCUCUUAAGGCGAAGCUAGUCAAUUUAGAACUUAUUGGAGGACGUAUCCAAUACUUUGUUCCAUCUGUAACUGAAUCUUCGGUCCAUACAAAUGAAGAACUCGCUCCUGAAACACCAAAUCCCGUUGUUCAUGCAAAGCCAACUGUUUCAGCUCCCACAGCAGCCGAAAAGCAGCCCAAACCCGCUCCACCCCAGAAAAGCGGUGGUGGUGGAGGAGGUGGCAGAAAAGGCGGUGCAGCACCGGCCGGUGAUCUUCCCGUGGAUGUCAGCCGCCUUGACUUGCGUGUCGGAAAAAUCGUCGAGGUUGAACGCCAUCCCGAUGCUGAUUCCCUUUACAUUGAAAAGGUUGACCUAGGAGAGGGUCAUCUGCGAACCAUUAUCAGUGGUCUGGUGAACUUUGUGCCCAUCGAGAAAAUGCAGGGUCUAGUGGGUAUCUUUAUGUGCAAUCUCAAACCCGUGAAGAUGCGUGGAAUCGAAUCUCAAGGGAUGCUUAUGUGUGCUUCCAAUGACGAACAUACUGUGGUGGAACCCCUGGUAAUUGAGGGACCAAAUCCACCCGAACUUGGGGAUCGCGUCUUUGUUGAGUCUUAUCCUGGUGAACCGGAUGGUCAACUGAAUCCCAAGAAGAAGGUCUGGGAAACAGUGAAGCCAGAUAUGCGAGUAGACGCAUCUAACUUCGCCACUUACAAAGGAGCUCAAUGGAAGCUCAGGAACAACCCCGGCGCUGUAAUCAAAAGCCCGUCAGUUGUUAACGCCCAAAUCUCCUAA